GUUAAUCUAAAGAAUGUCACCUUGAAAAGGUUGGAAUCUAAUCCAAAACGUCUGCCCCAAACAUUUUUGUGUCUUGAGGAAACCAAAGUUCGUUGUUUUACCUUCCUUUCUGGACAAAGGUUUGGAAUCUUUUCUCUGUUCUUCUUCAUGGAACUCCCCACGAUGAAGAAUUCCACCCCACCAGUUUCUAAUAAUGGAACACUCGUGCAAUUAUUAAUACUGUUGUUAACACCGCAAUUAACUAACCUUUCCAAAUCUGUUGCGUUCAAUCUUUACCCUUUCAAGAUUAUAAUACAAUAUGUCUUCAUCAUCAUCUUUAUUCCUCUGGAUAACUUUCUUCUUCCUCAUCACUGUUUCCUUCUCUAAUGCGGAUGCAUUCUCGGGAACAUAUGGAGUAAACUACGGGAGAAUAGCGGACAAUAUCCCAGCCCCAGAAAGCGUUGUGACACUCCUAACAGCAAACAAGAUCAAGAACAUCAGAAUCUACGACGCCGACCAUGCAGUGUUGACGGCGUUUAAGGGAUCCGGAAUCGAAAUCAUAGUGGGUCUCGGGAAUGAAUUCCUGCGAGAUAUAAGCGUGAAUCAGGACCGGGCCGUCCAAUGGCUGAAAGACAACGUGACCCCAUUCCUCCCAGACACCAAAAUCCGAGGAAUCGCGGUCGGAAACGAGAUCCUCGGCGGCGACAACGUUGAACAAUGGGAGGUUCUACUCCCGGCGGUGAAAAACGUCCACUCCGCUCUCCAACAGGUCAACCUAUCCAAAACAAUCCAGGUCUCCAGCCCGCACUCGGAGGCGGUGUUCGGCAUCACCUACCCGCCGUCCGCCGGCGCGUUCAAGGAAACCGUCCUCCCCUUCAUGAAACCCCUCCUCCAAUUCUUCUCCCAAAUCCACUCCCCCUUCUACAUCAACGCCUACCCGUUCCUCGCCUACAAGAGCGACCCGUCCCACAUCGAUCUCAACUACGCGCUCUUCAAGUCCAGUCCCGGCAUCUACGACGCCAAGACUAAGCUGCAUUACGACAACAUGUUUGACGCCAUGGUUGAUGCUUCCUAUGUGGCUCUGGAGAAAGUGGGGUACCAUAGAAUGGAGGUCAUUGUGUCGGAGACUGGGUGGGCUUCCAACGGAGACCAAAAUGAAGCCGGCGCUAACGUUAAGAACGCCAAAACUUACAAUGAUAAUCUGCGGAAGAGGCUGCUGAAGAAGAAGGGGACUCCUUACAAGCCCAAAACCCCUGUCAAGGCUUAUAUCUUCGCUUUGUUUAACGAGAAUUUGAAGCCCGGGCCGACUUCUGAGAGAAACUUUGGAUUGUUCAAACAGGAUGGGAGUAUUGCAUAUAAUAUUGGAUUAAGGGGACUUGUUCCAUCUUCUGCUUCAAAGGGCUACUGGAGACCCCAAGGAUGGUAUCAGCCAUUAGUGAAUGUGAUAUGUGUGGUGGCAACACUACUUGUAUUUUUAUGGUCGUGACUUAAUCACCGGCGGCGGCAAAUUAAUCAACUCAUCACUCUUAUUUCCAUUCCUGUUUGGAUUGUACAAAUGUUUAUCCCAUAAUUUGUACCGUGAGUUAAACAUCCUAAGCAACUAACUGCUAAACAUUCAUUCCAUCUUCAAUUCUAUUCCCCUUUCUUUUA